UUUGAUAGUAGUAGUGCUCGCGCUCGGUUCUGACAAAAAUUCGAGUAAAAGGGCGUGUAAAAUGCACAAACGGCAUAACUCGGGGACUCUCGGGUUGGCCUCGGAAAUGCUUCCAAGAAUAAUAAGUGUUAGAGGCGCUAGGAUACAGAGAGAAUACAACCGAGUAGCUUAGCCGUCGCAUUACAUACAGAGAUGUCUGCGCCCUAAGAAACGGACUGACGGACAGACAGACGUCUCUGUCAAGUUUUUGUGACUACCGACGAAAUGGUCAUUGUAAAUAUCGGGAACUCUCCGGAGCGUGUUCUCUAGCUAGUGCGCGUUAUUCUGUCGGGUGCGUGAUACCUUGUACCAGUGCAUUGAGAUGUUUUCGUCGGCAGCGUCAGUGGUGGGCGAGCCGUCAGGCUACGACUUUCAGAAAGAGGAGAACGCCGCCAAGUGGAAGGGAGUGUUUGUCAACUCCCUCCGCAAGGUACUGGAGCAAGUACAUCCUAGUCUAGAAGCACGACAAGAUGCCUUAGACUAUGUUGAGAGUUUGAUCUUAAGGCUGUUGGGUAUGCUUUGCGGUCACCCUCCGCCACAUACGCCUCAAGAUGUGGAAGAAAGAGUCAGACGUACGUUUCCUACUCCCAUCGAUAGAUGGGCACUUCGAGACGCAAGAGACGCCUUGGAAAAAGGAAAAAAGAAAUCACCGCUAGUUCUUCCAGUUGAUAAAAUUCAUCAAUUACUACAAAAAGAAGUAUUACAGCAGAAAAUUGAUUUACAAGUUAGUCUUUUUGUGGUAGGAGUCUUGGAAUAUAUUUCUGCAGAUAUUUUGAAGCUAGCUGGAAACUAUGUCAAGAAUAUACGCCAUGUGGAAAUAUCGUGCGAAGACAUAAGAGUUGCGAUGUGUGCAGAUAUGGUAUUAAUGGACUUGUUUUAUCAAGACGAUUAUGCAGAGGGUCCACAAAGUGGUUUGGGCUCAGUCGUUUCUCAGACUUACGAAGAAUCUGUCCGGGAUCUCAUACACGAUGAACGUCACUAUUUGCGUGAUCUUCAUAUGAUCAUUAAGGUAUUUCGGGAAGAAAUCGCAAAGUUAGCGCAAGAUAGAACUGAACUUGAAACACUCUUCAGUAAUAUAAUGGAUAUUUAUGAAGUUACUGUAACAUUACUUGGUAGUUUAGAAGAUAUAAUGGAAAUUACAGAAGAAAAACAAACGCCCACGGUUGGCUCCUGUUUUGAAGAACUGGCAGAAGCAGCAGAAUUUGAUGUUUAUAUAAAGUAUGCAAAAGACAUUAAUGGUCCAGCUAGUCGAGAAGUUUUAACAAAUUUAUUGUCGAGACCCGAAGCUAGUAACGCAUUACGAGCGGCAGGACAUGGAUUUAAAGAAGCUGUCAAAUAUUAUUUGCCAAAACUUUUACUACAACCGAUAUGGCAUUGUUUUUUGUACUUUGACUAUAUAAAGGUAUUACACAAACGUACACCAAAUACAGAAGAUGGUGAAACAUUGGAACAAGUAGAAGGUCUUUUGAGACCGCUACAUAUGGAACUGUCGAAAUCUAAGGCGAGUCUUCCAAAAAAAGAUACAGGCCUGCGAAUGCAGAGUAGAGCAAGAAGGCAAGCAGCAUUAGAGAAAACUAGCGAAUUACAAAAAACAGUUGAUGGGUGGGAUCAGCGGGAUGUUGGACAAUGUUGCAACGAAUUUAUACGCGAGGAUAUGUUGGGAAAAGUGAGUAACGGAAGGAGAUUAACAGAACGAAAGGCUCUUCUUUUUGAUGGCUUAUUAGUUCUUUGUAAACCCAGUGGCGGCAAACGAGUUAGCGUUACCGUGGCAGCAGUCGGUGUGGUGGGUCAUCCACCUCACCAAGGUGAAUUGCGUUUAAAGGAACGAUUUUUUAUUAGAAAAGUUUAUAUUAUUGAUAGGGAGGAUACCGAAGAAUUAAAAAAUGCCUUUGAAAUUGCACCAAGGGACCACCCUAAUGUUAUUCUUGUUGCCAAAUCCGUCGAAGAUAAAAAUAGUUGGAUGGCGGAUCUUGUAAUGUUGAAUACAAAGAGUAUGUUAGAAAGAACUUUGGACAGUAUACUUUUGGACGAAGAAAGAAAGCAUCCUUUAAGAUUACCUCCGCCACAUUUAUAUAAAUUUACCGAACAGGAUGGUCCAGAAAAUAUUGUUUUGGAGGCCAGAGAAAAUGGAGGUGUCCCAUUGAUUAAGGGUGCAACUUUGAUUAAAUUGGUAGAAAGAUUAACUUAUCAUAUAUAUGCUGACCCAGCUUUUGUACGAACAUUCCUUACUACUUAUAGGAGUUUUUGCUCACCUCAGGAACUAUUGACUUUGUUAACCGAAAGAUUUGACAUACCAGAUCCUUCAUUAGUUUAUGGUGACGAAGAAAAGCCUUCUGGUUGUAAAACAACCGCAAGGGAAGAUUGGAAGAGAUAUAGAAAAGAAUUUUGUCAACCUGUGCAAUUCAGAGUUUUAAAUGUUUUAAGACACUGGGUCGAUCACCAUUUUUAUGAUUUUGAACGUGAUAGGAAUCUUUUGGAAAGGUUACAAUUAUUUCUAGACACUGUAAGCGGAAAGUCAAUGAGAAAAUGGGUGGAUUCGGUGAUAAAAAUUGUACAGAGAAAAUGUGAACCUUCGGAACAACGACCUAUAACUUUUAGCUUCGAACGAUCUCCACCACCUAUCGAGUGGCACCUAAAAGUUCCUGAAGAAGAAUGGGGAAUACUAACGUUACAUCCAAUUGAACUAGCAAGACAACUAACCCUCUUAGAGUUUGAAUUGAAUAGAACUGUGAAACCUUCAGAACUGGUAGGGUCAGUAUGGACUAAGAAAGAUAAAGAAAAGUCAUCUCCGAACCUACUAAAAAUGAUAAAGCAUACGACAAACUUUACUCGAUGGCUUGAAAAAACGAUAGUGGAAGCUGAAAACCUAGAGGAACGAGUAGCGAUUGUGUCGCGUGCAAUCGAAAUUAUGAUGGUGUUUCAAGAUCUUAAUAACUUUAAUGGUGUAUUAGCAAUUGUUAGUGCUAUGGGAUCUGCAUCUGUAUUUAGGUUAAAAUUCACUUUCCAACAAAUACCGGCACGAUUGGAAAAAGCCCUGGAAGAAGCGCGAGAAUUGAAUAAUGGUCACUUUCGAAAAUAUCAAGAAAAAUUACGAUCUAUUAAUCCACCAUGUGUACCAUUCUUUGGUAUCUACCUGACCAAUAUUCUGCACAUUGAAGAAGGAAAUCCUGAUUAUUUGCCGGGGAGUCCAGAACUUAUAAAUUUUAGCAAGCGACGGAAAGUAGCAGAAAUAACUGGUGAAAUUCAACAGUAUCAAAAUCAACCGUAUUGUCUUUCAGUGGAGCCUAGGAUAAGGCAUUUCAUAGAGAACUUGUCACCCUUUGAUCCUAAUAUGAAAGAUGCAGAUAUAAGCAAUUAUUUGUACAAUAAAAGCUUAGAAGUAGAACCGAGGGGAUGUAGACAACCACCUAGAGUCCCCCGUAAAUGGCCAGACUUAAAUUUAAAGUCGCCGGGCAUUAAAGCUAGAAGUUUGAGCGGCAAGUUACCAGCUCCAUUGCAAGCCGUAGCCUCCAGUGUAAGGUUACACGAUCCUCCACCGGAAGCGCCGCCGCCGGAAUUGCCAGAAACUCCUCCGCACGCUUCACACAUCACAGUUUCUCAUAUAGGAGACCACAGUGUUUUUGCACCUGUUUUAUUGGGAGGUACAGGUCCACCUCCAGGUUCACCAGGUCCGCUUAGCAUGUCAGGACUUUCGAUUAGUUCGCCGGGUAGCAGUCCGCAAUUGGGUUCGCCUGGCCAUUUGCCUAUUCCACAUCAUCAGCCGCAAAAUAGUCACUUCGGCUUUAAUUCCGGUACGAUCGGUGUUAUGGGAGCUCUGACUGGUAUGUCAUCGUCGGGUGGAAGUCCUGGUGCAGCGAUGCCGCCACCGCCGUCUCCCAGCCACGUACCUUCCAGUCAACCUCCGCCACCUUUGCCACCUAGAUCUCAUAGAAAACGGGAGAGUUCCAUAAGCGAGUCACCGCAACAGGCAAGACAAGCUCCAAACGCGCCAAUACUUCCUCCGAGGGAUGGUACGUCUCCGCCGCCAUUACCGCCGCGAAGAGACUUGCCCCCAGUAACGUUACCGCCUCGGCUUCCUACAUUGAAUCCAAGUAGCUCGUCGCUGCUUGCAAGGCGAAAUUCCACGUUGGAAAGCACGUGUUCGAAUACCGUUCAUUCACGGAGACACAUGUCUUUCAAUGGGCCCAGUCCUACGAAACUUCCACCUACGCAACCUAAUGGAUCGGUAACACCGCGAUUACCACCGAAACCAUUACCGGGACGUCCACCAACCACCAUGUUUAAUUUCAAUGCUCCUCCUGGACCUAGUUAAGUGUUACAUCUUCCUACCUCUUACCUAAAUUAAAAUACAUCUUUUUGGAAAUCGAGAUUUAGUCCACUCAGAAAGAUUAGUCGAUUCAACUGUUAUGCCUGUUCGAUACGACUGACAAUGUAAAUUUACUCUACUGUGUUGUUUUUUUUUUUUUUUUUUUUUAUUCACAGGAGAAAACGCUUCUUUUAUAAACAAAUUAUUGUUUAGGCUUUGGUUAAUGUAUUUACUGCGAUUCGUUACUCGUCACUCGAGACAUGCACAACCAGUAUAUAUAUUAAUACAGAAUAUUUAACGAAAACGUUCUUGAAGCACGGUCCGUGUGUGAUGAGAUGCUGUUACAUUCCUUUUUACAAUUUGUCUUUUAACACGUGUGACUCUAUUUUUAUUGAAAAUUUAUUUUUCGAAACGAUAUAGAAUGUUUUAACGCAUAUAGUAUAUUUUUAGACAUUUUUUUACGAAGCGAAUAUAUAAUAGAUAUAAGGCCUUAUAUUCUAUGCCGUUGAACAACUUGGAACUAUUUAUCCUGAAAGAUAUCUAAAGAAAGAAAUUUUGUAUAGAACGCAUAAAGAGCAGCGUGUUAACAGCUGUUGUUCAAAUCCGUGAAAUAUUUUUAUAAAUUAGUACAAUAAACAAGAUCUGUUUGACAAUUUUACGUAUUUGAAUCUCCUAUAUUGCUGCAUGAUGCACAACAGUUUUACUACGUUUACGAAUUAAAUGGAAAAUGUGAUUUCACUAAGGAAUAUUCCUUGAUAUGAUCUACACGACUUUAAUGCAAAAGCAAGAAUCGUACAUACGAGAGUGUCUGUUAUAACAGGAUUGACUGUUGCAGAUUACUAGCAGACAAGUUAGAGAAGACGAAAGAAACGUAUACGAAGUUCUUCCUCAUUUUUUAAGUCGCACACGAUCGAAAUUAUUAUUUUUUAUUAUUUGUUUUUUAAUGUAUAUGACAGUUUAUUUUUAAAGACAAUAUAAGCUGUUUUCUAGUAAGAUAAAAAAUCAUUUACAGACUAGGAAUGUAGAAUACAUUUCAUCGCAGCUAUUUGCCGAAUUACAGGUAUGAAAUUUGGCGUGUACGAGGUCCGAAAAGAUCUGACUGAAUGGACUAUGUAUCGAUUUCGGUCGUCUGAACGGUCUCCUUUUCUUUAAAAUCCCUGUCUAUCCCUCAACACAACUGUGAUACACUUUUAGAUUUUAAAAGGAAGCAGAAGACGCAAGAAAGUGCAGUAUGGAAUGAAUCAUAGGCCAAUAUACAUAUAGAAUUAUACAUAUAAAUUGAAUCAAUAGCAAAAAAGUAAAUAUGUACAUGUAUAUUAUUAUAAAUAUAUUCUAUAGUAAUUAUUGUAAUAAUGUCAAGCGUAAG